UUGAAGACACACGAAGAACAAAGUCGUUGCGUCACUUCCGCUUCUUCACAAAAAUGGCGUCCAGCGACACGACGGACAACGUGAGGGAUGUAAAAACCGGCGGAAAGUCCAGUAACGACAAAAAACAUGUGGACGAAGCCGAACUCCUGACCGUCCCCGAUGGCUGGAAAGAGCAACCCUUCACCAGGGACGACAAUCCCCGUGGUUUGUUGGAGGAGAGCAGCUUCGCCACCCUGUUCCCUAAAUACAGAGAAGCCUACCUGAGAGAUUGUUGGCCGCUGGUGGAGAAGGCCUUAGGAGAGGUGAAUAUCAAAUCCUCCCUUGACGUGAUCGAGGGAAGCAUGAGCGUCUGCACCACAAAGAAAACCUUCGACCCCUACGCCAUCAUCAGAGCCCGGGAUCUCAUUAAGCUUCUUGCCAGGAGUGUUCCAUUUGAGCAGGCUGUAAGGAUAUUACAGGACGACGUCGCGUGUGACAUCAUCAAGAUAGGCACCCUGGUGAGGAACAGGGAGAGGUUCGUGAAGCGACGACAGCGUAUCAUCGGCCCCAAAGGAUCCACCCUCAAAGCUUUGGAGUUGUUGACCAACUGUUAUGUGAUGGUGCAGGGAAACACGGUCUCAGCCUUGGGACCCUUCAGCGGCCUGAAGGAGGUGCGCAAGGUCGUCAUGGACACAAUGAAAAACAUCCACCCCAUCUACAACAUCAAGACGCUGAUGAUCAAACGAGAACUGUCCAAAGAUACCGAGCUUCGCACGCAGAACUGGGAGCGCUUCCUGCCCAAGUUCCGCCACAAGAACCUGGCCAAGCGCAAGGAGCCUAAAAAGAAGAGCGUGAAGAAGGCGUACACACCAUUCCCGCCGCAGCAGCCAGAUAGCAAGGUUGACAAGGAGCUGGCCACGGGAGAAUUCUUCCUGCAGGAAAGCGUGAAGAGGAGGAAGAAAAUGCAAGAAAAAAAGGUCAAGCAGGCCGAGGCACUGACCAAGAAGCAGGAGGAGAGAAACAAAGCUUUUAUUCCUCCCAAAGAGAAACCUUUAUUGAAGACGGCAGCAAAAGCUCCUGUGAAAAGCAAGCUGGACAUCGACGCCCUGAAGGACAAAGUAAGAAAAGCCAAAAGCAAGAAACUGGGAGCUCCGCCUGUGACUCCAGCGCCUCCCGCCAGUGCGAGCACAGGCAAGAAGAAGAAGAAGAAAACAUCAAAAGGCAAAAGCUGAGCACCACUGCUGUGUCAUGUGACGUCGUGUAUCAUGUGAUGUUGCGUUUGAUAGACUCUGGAGGCACAAAAAGAUAUAACCAAGAGACCAAUCUUUUCAGGUUUGCUAGGGUCAGUAUUUAUAUGUGAGAGCAUACUUGUGGACACAGCUGGCUGGAAUCAAAACAUCCUGUAAUUUUUGAUAAAUGGAGUCCUUUUUACCCUUCA